UACCUGCGACGGAUGUGCUACCUGGAUCAAACAAGUCCUUUGAGUCGGGAAGUCUUUCGCAGUGAUACAGCUAUGAAACGGGAGAUUUCGCGGCACAUCAGUUUCUAUGCGAGCACGAUACAUCCUUUCAGUUAUUUACGGUUUUACUGGGAAUGUAUCAUGAUCGUUACGUUUGCCCUUGCUUUCAUAGUCCUGCCGUACGAUGUAGUCUACCUGUAUCAUCCUGAUGAGUACGAUGUCCUGUCCUGGUUUCAUGUACUCGUUUUAUGCGUUGAUUUCAUCUGCCUAAUUGACAUUUGUUUCAACAUCCGGACCGGCUACUACGUGAAAGAGCGGCAAUAUGUCGAACUGAGCUCCCGAAAAAUAGCCAAUCGUUACGUACGGUUUUGGUUCUGGGUUGAUCUGAUAAGCUCGGCACCUGAUCCGCUGUUUUCGCAUUACAUUGUACCCAAACAUGCCUUGCAUCACCCGUUUAUCGGAUGUCUUAACAAACGGGAGUUACAUUUUGGAUGUUUCUGGGAUUCAUGGAAAGUGCUUUCGGUCAUGAAAAUUUUCCGUCUACCGACCUUUCUGCGCUACGUUAGCAACGUAUUCAAACGAUUUCGUAUUCGCCGAAAUGUGCUUAAGUUCACAUCGGUCGCUACUAUUAUUUUGCUGUCCUUCCACUGGAUGGCAUGCAUAAUAUUUCUGGUGCCACGCUUGGCUCAAGGAACCGAUCCGGAACUGAUCGAUCCACAGUCCUGGACUGUGAAGGAAGAUCUAUGGAGCGAAGAGCCGAUUAAGCGUUAUAUCGAAGCACUGGCCCGAACGGUUUAUAUGUUAGCCAUGGUGACCCACUCUAUCGACCUAUUCAUGACUGACGAAGACGUUGUGAUGGACAUCUUUGCCAUAAUUCUAGGAUAUGUACUAAAAAUUUUCAUUAUUGCGGAGUUGCUCAUAUUCAUCAGAAUCAUGUUUUCUAGUACCACGAAGUAUCACGAACAACGACACGAACUGCAAAACUACAUUCGACACGAGCAGCUUCCGGCACCGUUGCAUAAACAAUUGCUCCAAUACUACAACUACAGGGUGGCUAAUUUGUACAGUAGGAAACCGAUGAUUGAUCAAGUAACCGGCGAUCAGUUCCAGCUUGCUAUUCGAGAGGAUGUUGGUGGCCCUUUGAUAAACGAAGUUACACUAUUCCGUAGCACCCUGCCGGCGGACGUGAUUCGUAAACUUCUGUCGGAAUGUAGGUACCAAAUUUUUCUAAAAGAUGACCUAGUGGUAAACGCGGCUCGGGGUAGCGCAUGUUCGGACAUGGUGUUCGUCAUUCGUGGCACGGUCGCCAUCUAUACCAGUACGUGGCACGAAGUACUUCACCUGGAGGAUGGUGAACAUUUCGGUGAAUAUCAGCUGGUUCUGGAUGACCCCGACAUUAAACAUUCAAAUAUUGUGGCAAUCGAAACUAGUGAAAUAUACAUUCUUGAUAAGUCGACCUUUAAGGAGAUAAUUUCACAAUAUCCAGUCUUGCACGAACAGAUUAGGUUUUUAGCACGUGAGCGCUACGAUGCGUUAGUUGCUUUGGAGAAAAAUUUAGUGCUAGAAACCAUUGAAGAAGCUGAAACUAUAAGACGCACCAGAAAAUUUUACCAGUAA